AUGGAGGUGCUAACCGACUCGAACUCUGCCUUCUCGCAUCGUCGAAAAUUUAAGGUGAUAAAGUACGAUUCCCCGGCAUUCAGAGAUCAGCCAGGUUCCGAAACUAAAGUAAAACGAACAUUUCGCGAACAAUACAAGCAGUGUCCUAAGCUCACCAAUGUCUCACUGCCUGAGGAUGAUGUAGUUUCAUUUACAGCGAAUGAAAUGGUCAACGCCUGCUAUGCUAAGAUAUGGCGAGGUUCUGGUGCUAAACCGCCGAAUAUUUGCGGUGAAGAACCGGGCAUUGAAGAAGACAGUGAAAUGCAGAAAGCUUUUCCAAUCUAUUUGAAAAAAGAUUUGGAUAAAUUACAAAAAUUGAGGCUCAAGUCUCGAUUUAAAUCACGGAAAUGCUUGGACAAUAACGAGGUCAAAGCUUGGAUCGAGGCUCCAGAGAAAUUCAUUGAUAUUCUCACGGAGUUACGAGAAGAGGAGAAUAAGGAGAAUAUUGAAAAUGUGAAAGGUAUUGAUGAAUCAAGGAACGAUGUGGAUGGAUUGGGAUCAACCUCGGCAGCAGACGAACAAAUUAAGCGACCCAGUCAAGCAGUACAUUUUCCACAACAUGUCUUACUAUGUGCCGCUCUACAGGAGGGAGACUCGAAUGAAAUUGAAGAAGUUAUCAAGAAUAACAAUAUCGAUCUCAGUUCUCUGAGCCAAGCUACAAGCUAUUACUAUCUUCACAAGACAAUACUCAACGAUCAGCUGCAUUGCGCUAGAAUGCUUAUACAGAACGGUGUUAAUGUCAAUGCUAAAGACAGCGAGGGCGUUUCGCCGCUAGCAUUGGCAUUUCGAUUAAUGAACUUUCCCAUGGUUGCCCUCCUAGUGCACUCUGGGGCAGAUGUGGGGGAGUAUACGGACUCAAGAAUUCAAGAAAUGAACAAAGUCAAAGAACUGUCAUGUUCUGUUUCCAAGGUAUUUGAAAUGGAUGUAUAA